GGAGACGUCGCCACGUCUUCACGUGAUUGAACGUCACUCACGGCAGUCGGGAACUAGCAGCUACCGAGCGGAUCAGGGAUUGCGGGCUGUAUUAAAAAAUUGGCCUGUUCUGCGGGAAUACGUUUGGUGUCUGAAAUAGAUGUUGAAAAGCUUACAGGGAUGUCAGGGCCUGGAAGUAAACGUACUGUGGGGGAUGUAGGUUCUUUAGGACCCCCUGAAAAAAAGGCAGCAGUGGAAGAUUCUGGAACCACUGUCGAGACGAUUAAACUAGGAAGUGUGUCUUCAACAGAGGAGCAAGAUCUGAGGACCCUUCAACUGAAAAACAAGAAGUUGGCUGGAAUGUUAGACCAGAGACAGGCCAUAGAAGAUGAACUGCGUGAUCGUAUUGAGACUUUAGAAAGGCGGCAAGCAACAGAUGAUGCUUCUCUUCUCAUCAUAAACCGAUACUGGAGUCAGUUUGAUGAAAAUAUUGGCAUUUUUUUGGGUCGUUAUGACUUGGAUCAAGACUUGGGGGAGUUUCUGACAGAACGCAAAGCAUUGGUUCUGCCAGAGCCAGAGCCAGAUUCUGACAGCAAUCCAGAACGCAAAGAAAAUGAAAGGGGCGAAGGACUAUGGGAAGCUCCUCUUUCCUUUUUGGCCACUCUGGCCAGCAGCAGCAGUGAAGAAAUUGAAUCUCAGCUACAAGAACGUGUAGAAUCUUCACGACGUGCAGUCUCUCGUAUUGUUUUGGUGUAUGACCGACUGCAUGACCAACUGGACCAUCUUGCCAAGAAACUGAAUAGCACUGAUCCAUCUCACGUGGAAGAGGCUGUCAGGGAUUUAAACUCCUUGCUCUCAAAUGAGAAUGCACGAUUGCAGGAGAUUUGUAACUUGCUACAAGAGAAACAGCAGAAUAUGUCCCAAGAGUUCCUCCAGUUGCAGUCACGAUUAGAGAGUGCUGAAUCUCGAGUCUUAGUUCUAGAUGGUCACAUUGAAGAUCUUCAGUGGGACAUUGAUAAAAUUCGGAAAAGGGAACAGCGCUUAAACAGACAUUUAUCUGAAGUUCUUGAGAGGGUGAACUCGAAAGGUUAUAAGGUUUAUGGAGCAGGAAGCAGUCUCUAUGGGGGAACAAUCACUAUAAAUUCUCGCAAGUUUGAAGAAAUGACUUCUGAAGUUGAUUUGAAUAAAGAGCUGGCUGUAAAUCGACUGCAAGAGCUUGAAAAACUGAGGCAGGAUUUACAAGAAGUGACUUCAGAAAAUCAGGAUUUACAGGCUGAGUUAGCCAGUGCAGUUGAAGAGAAUGUGCGGUUGUCUCCAGAGUAUCGCUGCAUGCAGUCUCAAUUCUCUGUAUUGUACAAUGAAUCACUGCAGCUAAAAACUCAGCUAGACGAGGCUCGUUCACUUCUACAUGGAACACGGUCCAAUCAUCAGCGUCAGCUAGAGCUUAUUGAGCGUGAUGAAAUUUCCCUCCAGAAAAAGGUGCGCACUGAGGUUAUUCAGUUAGAGGACACCCUUGCUCAGGUGCGCAAGGAAUAUGAAAUGCUGAGGAUAGAGUUUGAGCAGACCCUGGCAGCCAAUGAGCAAGCAGGGCCUAUUAACCGAGAAAUGAGACAUUUAAUCAGCAGUCUACAGAAUCAUAAUCACCAACUUAAAGGAGAGGUAUUGCGGUAUAAAAGACGUCUGAGAGAGAUCCAAGGGGAUAUAAGCAAAAUGCGUUCUCGCAGUAGCAGUAGUCUUUUCCUUCUGCCAUCACAGUCCAGCACUGAGGACACUCGUGAAGAGACAGCUGAAAUUAAGACUGAACCUGAAGAUACAACCACAAAUGCUUCUGCCCUUUCUCAGCCAGAGGUAGUUCCAAAGAGGGAGGAGGAGGAGGUACAGCCACCACUGCAACAACCACAGCGGGAUAGAAGAGAGAGGGAAAGGGAGCGUGAAAGAGAUCGUGGAAGAGAGAAGGAGAGAGGGGAUACUUCAAAGGAGAAACCAAAGCAUGAGGCAGACACUAAGCGCAAAGAGGCAGAGACGGUCAAACAGAUGAAGGCAGAGCUAAAGAGAGUCCAGGAAUCUCUACGAGACAUGAAGCUGCUAUUAGAUAUGUAUCGUUCGGCACCAAAGGAACAAAGAGACAAAGUGCAGCUGAUGGCAGCGGAGAAAAAAAGUAAAGCAGAGUUGGAGGAGCUUCGUCUUCGGCUUAGAGAGCUGGAAGAAAGGGAACGCAGGGACAGCAAGAAGAUGGCAGACGAAGAUGCCUUACGUAGAAUGAGAACAGCUGAGGAGCAGACAGAGGUUCUUCAAAAAAGACUAUCAGUGGCUAAGCAGGAGGAAGAGGCCCUGCUUUCAGAAAUGGAUGUCACAGGACAGGCAUUUGAAGACAUGCAGGAGCAAAAUAUUCGUCUUAUGCAGCAAUUGAGGGAGAAGGAUGAUGCAAACUUUAAACUUAUGUCUGAGAGAAUCAAAUCAAACCAAAUCCAUAAGCUGCUCAAGGAAGAAAAGGAGGAGCUGGCAGACCAACUUCUUACACUGCGGACACAGGUGGAUGCACAACUCCAGGUUCUAAGGAAGCUGGAAGAGAAGGAACAUUUACUUCAGAGUAGCAUUAAUACUGGAGAGAAAGAACUUGCUCUCCGAACCCAGGCUCUGGAUCUGUGCAAACGUAAGACAACAGAAUCCUCUCAGCAAGCAGAAGAAUUGAGAGCUCAGCUGGAGCUGUCUCAAAAGAAGCUGCAAGAUCUACGUGAGGAAAUAAUUGAGAACAGUUCAAGUCGAGAGAAGGAUGCUUUUAAUUAUAAAAGAGCUCAGAAAAUCUCUGCAGAGAUGUACACAUUUAGGAAAGGAGAAGUUGCCAAAGACUGCUGCAGUUACAAAGGGAAACAGGACUUUUUGAGACUAUGGACAAUGAAGAUAUCUCUCGCCUUCGAAAGAAAUUGGAAUCUACAAAGAAACCUGAUCUGGUGCCAACUUGCGAUAAGAUUUUGAUGGAGGAAAUCAAAGAGUAUAAGGCCCGACUUACGUGCCCAUGCUGCAACUCUCGUAAAAUGGAUGCCGUUCUAACAAAAUGUUUUCAUGUGUUCUGCUUCGAGUGUGUUAAGACUCGCUAUGAUACAAGGCAGCGAAAAUGUCCCAAGUGCAAUGCAGCUUUUGGAGCAAAUGACUUCCAUCGGAUUUACAUUGGGUGAACUAUUCCAGUCUCUAACCAGUAAUUGCCCCAAUUGGACCUAUAAUGCUACUAUGUAAGCUGUUUGUAUACAUUUUACUCCAAAAAUAUGUAUCUGCUGUCAUAGACUGUUGGUAGGCAACACUGUGCCAACACUGCAGUAAUCUAUUGGUUCUAAUGAAGUCCCAUUCUGAGGCCCAACAAGAUAGAUUUGCCUUUUGUAUCUACAAAUUUCUCACAUCUUAAAAGAAAAGAGGCAUCCACAGAUAUCAUCCCAUGUAUAGCCUAACCAUAAAAUAGUAAUUGUCUUUACAUCAUCUGUAUGACCUGUUAUCAGCCUUAUACCCUAAGGGUAAGCGUGGAAAGCCCUUUGCAUCGCUUCAGUUUCCGAAGUUGCGCAAAGUUGCCUGCAGGAGGAAACUUUGUGCGACAUCUGAUUACCAAAGCGAUGCGAAGGUCUUUCCACCAGCAACUUCUAUUGUUGCCAGUGGAAAGCCUUUUCAGAGGAGUUACGAUAGCUGCGAUCUGUCGUAGGCAAAUAACUUGCUCUGUGGGUUGUUACCCUAACAGGCCUGGUAAACUAUAUUAAAAUAAACUGAUUGACAAGUGUGAACUGUUUGUUUUCUUUGUAGGUAUAAUUUAGUAACAGCUAAUUAAAAUGGUCAGUAAUUAGCCUAGUCAUUUAGUUAAACUGUAACUAAUUUGUACAGUAUUAACAAUUUGUAGAAAGUCAGAUACAUUAAGAAUACUACAUUGUAGUUUUACUAGUCUUGUGUGUGAGAAGAAUAUUUGGUACAUCUCCCUCCUUAAUUGUUUGCCUUUAAAAAAUAAAUAAAUAAAUGUAAAA